AUGUCAGGACUCAACAUCCAUCCUCACGAUCUCUCAUCUCCUUCCAGCUCCAGCGACCUAUCCAAUGAACCUUUCUUCAUCACAGGAGGUCUCUUCCUCGAACCAACAGACCUCUCCUCUUCCUUCUUCCACUUCAUCUCCUCCAAAUGCCUUUUCUCAGACUCAAAGCCUCUGCAUUUCACCAGGAAAAACCAAACCCGUCUCCGUUCCGACAAGAGCUUGCUGUUCCUGUCCGUGAGCUUGAGUAAAGAGGAACGAACAGUAGUUUCCAAUGGAGUUAGGAGGAGAAGAAAUGGGACCAUGAACACAAGGAAGCAUCUCUGGGCUGGUGCUGUAGCUGCCAUGGUUUCAAAGACUUUCUUAGCUCCACUUGAGAGACUAAAGCUGGAGUAUACAGUUCGUGGUGAACAGAGGAACUUGUUGGUUGUGGCUAAGACGAUUGCGACCACUCAAGGGUUUAGAGGGUUUUGGAAAGGAAACUUGCUCAAUGUUCUAAGGACGGCUCCUUUCAAAGCCAUCAACUUUUGUGCCUACGAUAUGUAUAGAAAGCAGUUGAUUAGACUAGCUGGGAAUGAUGAAGCUACUAAUUUUGAGAGGUUUGUUGCUGGUGCUGCUGCUGGGAUUACUGCUACUGUUCUCUGCUUGCCUCUUGACACUAUACGAACAAAACUAGUGGCUCGGGGUGGAGAAGCCUUGGGAGGGAUCGGAGGAGCGUUCAAGUACAUGAUCCAAAACGAAGGAUUGUUGUCUCUCUACAAAGGUCUAGUCCCAUCAAUAGCAAGCAUGGCUCUCUCCGGUGCAGUUUUCUAUGGCGUUUACGACAUCCUUAAGUCAUCCUAUCUGCAUACACCAGAAGGUCGGAAGAGACUAAAAGACAUGAAGCAGCAGGGGCAAGAACUCAAUGCUCUGGACAAGCUCGAGUUAGGACCUAUAAGAACUCUCUUGUAUGGUGCUGUAGCGGGUGCUUGUACUGAAGUAGCUACGUAUCCUUUUGAAGUAGUGAGACGGCAGCUUCAGAUGCAGAUUGGUAGAGACAAGUUGAAUGCUUUAGCUAUGGGGUUUAAUAUCAUUGAAAAAGGAGGGGUGCCUGCUUUAUACGCUGGGCUUUUACCUAGCUUGCUCCAGGUCUUGCCUUCUGCUGCAAUAAGUUACUUUGUCUACGAGUGUAUGAAGAUAGUGCUUAAAGUAGAAUGACAAGAAGAUAACAAUGCAGUGACAGUUUUGUUCUAUUUUUAAUCUUUUGAAUAUUGAAAAUGAAAAUACAACUUAUUUCAUAAACAUCAUCAUCUUCACAGAUUUGGAUCAUAUUCUUUUCACUGUAUAUAAAUAAAUAAGUAUUUUUUAAAAAUAGUAACCACAAAGUAAAAAUAAAUAAAUCUAGA